AUGAACUAUGCUGAUAGAACAAGUAAACUUGGCUCCAAAAGUAAAGUAGAGAUUAAAACCAACAGAAUCGAAGAAAGAAGCGAUAAGUUUUCUAAUGAAGGAACCCUACUUGAACUCUCGAAGAGUAUAGCUAAAAAGGAUGAGGAUAAAAUGUUUAGUUAUCAUCAAAAACUAGACAAUAUCACCUAUAAACAUGUUGACUUGAGCAGUGCCAAUAAAACAUAUAGUCUCAGAUAUCAUUAUAAAGAUAGAGCUGAAAGUGUUAUGGAAUAA